GCGCGCUUGCGCACUUGCGGCAGCGCGGGGAGCAGCCCCCCAACCAGCCUUCCCCGCCCCCCGGACCCCCCCAAACUCCGACUCUCCUUCAUCCUUCCGACUAAGCGUUCAGCCCUCGACGACUUGACAUGCCGGAGAUCCGCCUCCGCCAUGUCGUGUCUUGCAGUAGCCAGGACUCGACCCACUGUGCAGAAAACCUGCUCAAGGCCGAUGCCUACCGGAAGUGGCGUGCCGCCCGGGCGGGCGAGAAGACCAUCUCCGUGGUGCUCCAGCUGGAGAAGGAAGAGCAAAUACACAGCCUGGACAUUGGCAACGAUGGCUCGGCCUUCGUGGAGGUGCUGGUGGGCAGCUCGGCUGGGGGCUCUGGGGAGCAAGACUACGAGGUACUUCUGGUCACAUCAUCUUUCAUGUCCCCUUCUGAGAGUCGCAGUGGCUCGAACCUCAACCGAGUUCGCAUUUUUGGACCUGAUAAGUUGGUGCGGGCUGCAGCUGAGAAGCGGUGGGACCGUGUCAAAAUUGUUUGCAGCCAGCCAUACAGCAAGGACUCCCCCUAUGGCCUAAGUUUUGUGCGCUUUCACAGCCCCCCAGACAAAGAUGAGCCAGAGGCCUCCCCCCAGAAGGUGACCAAGCUCGGCCAGUUCCGUGUGAAGGAAGAGGAUGAGGGCGCCAACUCCCUGCGGCCCGGGGCACUCUUCUUCAGCCGCAUCAACAAGACAGCCCCAGGUGUGUCUGCAGCCAAGGACCCCGCAGGCCCCAGCUACGCGACUGCCACACUCCAGGCCUCAAGUUCCUCCUCCUCAGCCUCUCUGGCCUCCACAGCAGUUGGCAGCACCUCCAAGCCGCAGGAGUCUCCUAAAGGAAAGAGGAAACUGGAUUUGAACCAGGAAGAAAAGAAGCCCACCAGCAAGCCAUCAGCUGCACCCCCUACACCCUCCGCAUCUGCACCCAAGAAACCCAAAUUGUUUCCUUCCCCCCGUACCUCAGCCACCACCCCAGUCUCUGCCCCAGCAAGGGGGACUGUGCCAGUGAAGCCUCGAGGAGAAGGCAGUGAGCCCAAGGCACCCCGAGGGGGCCCACAGGAGCUGGGGAAGAUCCUCCAGGGGGUUGUGGUAGUGCUGAGUGGCUUCCAGAACCCCUUCCGCUCAGAGCUCCGUGACAAGGCCUUGGAACUGGGGGCUAAGUACCGGCCGGACUGGACUCCAGACAGCACCCACCUCAUCUGUGCCUUUGCCAACACCCCCAAGUACAGCCAGGUCCUGGGCCUUGGAGGCCGCAUUGUGCGCAAAGAAUGGGUGCUGGACUGUCACCGCAUGCGGCGGCGGCUCCCUUCCCAGAGGUACCUCAUGGCCGGCCCGGGUUCAAGCAGCGAGGAUGAAGGGGAUUCUCACAGUGGGGAUGAAGCCCCCAAGCCGCCCCGGAAGCGCACGCAGACCAAAACCAAGCCCCCUCAGGCAGCAAGACCCCCAACUCCAGAGGAGACCAAACCGGCCACCCCAGCACCCCAGGAUGAUCCUGACUCCGAGGGGGAGCAGUCAGGAGAGCAGGACAAUGGGGCGGAAGAUUCCGGGGACACUGAGGACGAGCUGAGAAGGGUGGCUGAGAAGAGGGAGCAGAGGCAGCUGCCUGACCAGGGGGAGAACGGCGAGGACCCGUAUGCAGGCUCCACGGAUGAGAACACGGACAGCGAGGCUCCACCUGAGUCCCCCAGCCUGCCGGUUCCUGAGCUCCCCAAUUUCUUCCAGGGCAAGUACUUCUUCCUGUAUGGAGAGUUCCCAGGUGAUGAGCGGAGGAUGCUCCGGCGAUAUGUCACCGCCUUCAAUGGGGAGCUUGAAGACUACAUGAGUGAGCGUGUUCAGUUUGUGAUCACGGCCCAGGAGUGGGACCCCAGCUUUGAAGAGGCCCUGAUGGACAACCCCUCCCUGGUGUUCGUGAGGCCCCGCUGGAUCUAUAGCUGCAACGAGAAACAGAAGCUGCUUCCCCACCAGCUCUACGGGGUGGUGCCCCAGGCCUGAUGUCUGCACCCCAGGUGGCUGCCUUAAUAAAGGUGACUUGGUUUGGA